AUGAUAUCACUCAGACUUCUUAUCACGUUUGCAGUUGCAACAUUUGCCUCUGACUUUGGCAAAACCUGCAGAGACGAGCAUAUAGACCCUAACACAGAAGUUCUUUCAGCAUCAUGUGACACCGGAGAUGGGAGGGGAACCCUGAAAUCAACGUCUAUUAAUCUUAAUGACUGCUUUGGGUGGUCAGACAACAAGAUCCAACAAGGAGUUGGCCAGGGCCACUUUGGCGAUACCUGCGAUGACUGCUUUUCCUACCGUGUACCUGACCCUUUAUACGGAGUGUUUGGGGUCACUAGAGUCUGGAUGAACUGCAUUUGCAAUGGCGGUCUGACUGACAGUUCCAUCAACCUUGAUUCAACCCUUCUGACAAACAAAUUCGGCACUCUGGUAUGCACUCGCUAG